AUGAUUUUUUUCUACCAGCAGAUACGGGCCAUUUUCACACACUCCCACUCGACCAAAAGACAAAUACAGUUGUCAAGACGGGCAUUCUUUCAGCUUUUGGGAUUCCUAGGCAGUUGUGUGGUGAUCUCGUUAGCAGCCCAGUCUAACUAUCUGCAGUGA